AUUUUUUUAAUAUGUAAAAAGAAUUAAUUAUCUAUCUUAGUGUUUGGACUUUGUUGCCUCAAAAACAAGAAAAGAACUUCCAAAAUCCAUUGUUGUCUUGGCUGCAAGUGUGAGAGAGAGAUCAUGGAGGAUUCUGCCACGACUGGUCAUCACAACGAAAGAAAAAGAAGCUGUGACAACAAUGCUUUUGCCAAGUUUGUUCCCUUUUCUCCACCAUUAGAACACGACACCGAAUCAAUCGAGGCUAAAUUUGGUGGUCACCAUGACCAUGGCCAAAAGAGACUCAAACCAAAUUCUCAAGCUCCUUUAUUAGAAACCACCACCAACUUCUCCCCCUCUUCUCAUCUUCCUAACCAAAACAUUGACACAAAGGAAACACCAGAUUUUCCAUCUCCAUCAACUUCCUUUAAGCAUUCAGAUAAUGUUGGACCAUCACCUCAAUCCAUUGGUAGCAAGUCAUCACACAUUGAGUAUGUGGAGAAUGAUGGGAAAAUCAGCAAAACAGUCUCAGAUAGUUGUAAUUGGAAAGAAGAUCAGAAUCAGAGUGAGCUAGAAUCAAUGAUAUCUAUGGCAGCUGAGGAACUAUCCAGGAGGCCUAAAACCGGGGGCAUCUACAAAGAAAUUGCGAAUCAACGCGAGUGCACCGUGAAACGUUUGAAAGAUUUGUCAAACAAAGAGCCUACAAUAGAUGUUGGACUUGAGAUGGCUGAUGCAGCACAUCUUUUGAAACUUAUGAGCUUCUCAAGCAAUGAGAUCGAGAUGGCAGGGCAAAAGGGUCACAAAGGAGCUAAGUUGUUGCUUCAAGCAGAGAUCCUACGCAAGAAAGGACAAGAACUCAUUGCGGAGUGCCAGAACUUGCUGCAAAAUGCAUUAUAACUUGUGGUAUUUGGAUGAGAAGCAUUGGUUCUAUGUUGUUGACGAGAAGGUUACAGGUUCAUGGCUUAGUUCAGAUCUCUCUGCCAUCAAACUAGGCAUUUCUGCAUUUUGGUAGAGUUGAAACAAUUUUAGGUAUAUUUUGCAUUGGAUAAAAAAUUGUAUACUGAAUUUUAGUCCUAACUCACUUUUAGAACAAAAGUAUCCAAAUAUUAAUCAUUUCCCUAUAAAAUCAAUUUUAACCAUACGGAA